AUGGCCGGCAUAGGCGGAGGCUCUAACUACAACCCUGGCGGGGAGUCAGAAUUCACCACGCAGGACCCAUGGGGAUCGGAGCACACUACGACAGCAAAGUAUUAUCCUGGAGAAACCACCAGGACCACCACCCAGCAAUGGACUCCGAUCACCACUACUGUCAAAAGCACCAGCAGCUCUGGCAGUUCUAGCAGCAACAACCAGACCAUCGCUAUCGCGGUUCCCGUUGCAGUCGUUGGCGCAGCUAUCAUCGCAGCCAUAUUGUUCUUCAUCCUAAGACGCAGGCGUCAAAAACGCAACCGCUCCACCUUACCACAGACCAACAACAAUCAACCCCCAGUCGGCAUGGGCGCAGUCCCUCGCCAAGUACGAUCACCUCCACAACAACAACGACCACAGCAAGCAGCAAACGGCGCAACAUGGGAAUUUGCGCCCACAAACUCCCACGACAUCCCCUUCACAGGUCCCAUCCCAGGUCGUCCUGUCCCGCAAGAACCCGAGCAUAUGAACCCUACCAACAAUCACCCCCGCGACUUUAGCCCACCAAGUACGAAUAACCACAACUUUCAUACCACUGCUACCGCCGCUGCCGCUGCUGCAGCAGAAGUUCCCAACAGAGACAACAACAACCCCGAGAGAAGUCCCCAGCCCACCAUGCCAGCUGCCUGGCCCUCCCCCGAAGCCAGACUUGACCGUCCAAUAUCGCCCUUUGAUCAUCCACUCGACGACGCAGUAUCUGAGAUAUCGCGUCGAUCGUAUACCCAUCCUAGGGAUAUGGACGAUGUAUCAUCUGUAUCGUCGUUUGAAGAUGAUGAGCGAAGGCCAGCUAUGCGUCGUUGA